GGUGGGAACCCGCACGCGCGGCUCGGGGCGGCGGGGGCCCCCGCGCAUGCGCAGACCAGGCCGGCGGCCGUAGUCCGGAGCCGAGCAGCUGUCACUGAUCGGGGACUUUAAAUACGCGCAGGGUAUUUAAAAGGCUGAAAAACAGCGGCGCGUCCGCAAAACGCCAAAUAACGCAGGGCCGCACGUGGGCACCAUGGCGGGCACCACGGCGGGCACGGAGGCGGACCCCCCCGCCAACCCCGCCUGCAAGAUCAUGACCUUCCGGCCAACGGCAGAGGAGUUCAAGGACUUCAACCAGUACCUGGUACACAUGGAGUCGCAGGGGGCUCACCGGGCCGGCCUGGCCAAGGUGAUUCCACCCAAGGGUUGGAAGCCCAGGCGCAGCUACGACGACAUCGACGACCUGGUGAUCCAGGCGCCCAUCCAGCAGAUGGUGGCCGGCCAGUCGGGCCUCUUCACGCAGUACAACAUCCAGAAGAAGCCCCUGAGCGUGAAGGAGUUCCGGCGCCUCGCUAACAGUGACAAAUACUGCACGCCCCGGUACCUCAACUACGAGGAUCUGGAGAGAAAGUACUGGAAGAACUUGACCUUCGGCUCUCCCAUCUACGGGGCAGACGUCAACGGGAGCUUGUACGAUAAGGAAGUGGAGGAGUGGAACAUCGCACACCUCAACUCCAUCCUGGACGUCAUCGAGGAAGACUGCGGCGUCUCCAUUCAGGGCGUGAACACGCCCUACCUCUACUUCGGCAUGUGGAAGACCAGCUUCUCCUGGCACACGGAGGAUAUGGACCUCUACAGCAUCAACUACCUGCACUUCGGGGAGCCCAAGUCGUGGUACGCCAUCCCCCCAGAGCACGGCAAACGGCUGGAGCGAUUGGCCAUAGGUUUCUUCCCUAAUAGCUUCAAGGGCUGCGAGGCCUUCCUCCGUCACAAGAUGACUCUGAUCUCUCCAUCCAUCUUGAAGAAGUAUAGCAUCCCCUUCGACAAGAUUACCCAGGAGGCUGGGGAAUUCAUGAUCACCUUUCCCUAUAGCUACCACGCGGGCUUCAACCACGGCUUCAACUGCGCUGAGUCCACGAACUUCGCGAGCGUCAGGUGGAUCGAUUACGGCAAGGUGGCCACUCAGUGCACCUGCAGUAAGGACAUGGUGAAAAUCUCCAUGGACCCAUUCGUGCGGCGCUUCCAGCCAGACCGCUAUCAGGUGUGGAAGCAAGGCAAGGAUGUGUGUACCAUUGAUCACACCCGACCCACGCCCAGCUUCACGCCCGAGCUACAGAGCUGGCUCCAGCGGCGCAAGAGGCCCCGGCCCCCCAGCAGAAGCAGCCUUCAUCACCCACGGACGCGCUCCAAGAAGCUGAAGGGCCCGGCCGAGGAGGGCCCCCGGCCCCGGAGGGGGGCCAGGAGGGCGGGGCCGGAACCUGAAGCGGAGGCGGAGGCGCACGGCGAGAGUCAGGGCCGGCGGCGGGUGCCGGGGGAGAAGGAGGCGCCGAAUGCACCGGGCACGGCGGGUGAUUGUCAGAUGACGAAGACCCGGAAGAUGUGCACUGUGAGCGUGAGCCGGGUGGACGGAGGCUCUGCCGCCCCCAGCCACAGCUCCCAUCCCCCGCAGCCUGUGAACAAGGAGCUGGGGGCUUCACCCCCCAGGGAGGCUAUGGAGGUGCAGCCUGCGGACGACAGUGCGGAAUCUAGGGAGCGGACGUGUCAGGCCGGAGCUUCUCUCAGCAAAGAGGGUGAUGGCAACGAGACGCCCGCUGACUACCUGAGCUCCAGGGGGCGCUCUACGCCAACUGACGGCCAGGAAGGGCCUGAGCAGGAAACUGGGACAGUCUGUGAGCUGACGCCCGCUCCAGCCUCUUUCUCCUCAGAGGAGCUGAAUGCUGUCUCCAGAGCGCCCCCUUGUGCUCUUCCCGCAGAGGGACUCACUACGCCAGAUCUCUCCAUCCCUACAUCAGACGAUGGCUGCCCCCCUUUUUCAGAGGAAGCCCCAAGCACUUCCCCGGCUGCCAGCUGUGAUGCAGAAAGUUGCCCCCCUCCCCUUCUGCACGGCGGCGAGCCCGGCCUGUACGACGCCCCCCCAGGCCCAUCCGGCCUAGUUCCCGGCAACGAAAUGCCUGCCCUGACCCCCGCCUUCGCCGAGGACGAGCAGCAGCUCCCCCCGCUGCUCUGCCAGGAGAUGCCAUCACUUACGCCGGCCGUGGGUGCUGAGCUCGAACCCAGGGCCCCCACGCUGUACCGGGAGGGAUCUCUCUCUCCCACUGAACUUGAGAAGGCGGGCCCCAGCCGGUUACCCGGAGACCAAGCCGAUGUUGCCGUGGGGCCGCCCAAUUCCAAGUUGCCGGACCCAGCACCCUCCACGGUGCCCGGUGCUGAGAGGGUCUCUGUCCCCCAGACGCAUGAGAGCGCCCCCCACAGUCCAUCAUCUCUGGCUAUACGGGACAGGGAUCCUGUUCAGGAAUCUGGAUUCGUCUUCCAAUGUCUUCCCCCUGAUAACUGUGAAACCAGGGCCCUGACCUCGGCGAAGGGUCUGCAGACGAACACCGGCAGUGCCACGCUAGGACAGCAGGGGGCUCUGGAGGAUGCCAGGGUCACUGAACCGGAGCCCAGGCCUCUGCCCUCGGGCUUCUGGGAGCACCUCAGCGCCCGGAGCCCAGCCGUCCUGACAGAGAGCGCGCUCCCGGAGCUGCGGGUUGUGUUGGCCGGGGACGUCAACUCCCCCCACGGCGCCGUGUGGGCCGAGGUGACUGCCGAAGAGGGGCCCCGGGGCCCGGCAGCGGAGCCGUGCGACGAGGGUUUGGCGUCGCCCAGCACUCAGCUGGCCGCGGACUGGGUGGAGGCGGAGGGCGUGGCCUGCGGAUCUCGGGUGCCCGGCCUGGGGCAGGCGGGGUCGUCCUCUCCGCGAGAUGGCGACUCGGAGGCGGAGCUAAACGCCUCCAGGGCCGAGGACAGCAGCAGCGAAUCAAGCGAGGGCAACAACAUGAGUGACAUGGAGUGCUGCGACGUCGAGUUGGAGCCAGGGGAGGUUUGCACUUACCCCAAUCGUAUGGUCAUCAAACUGGGCCGGAAGAAGACCACCAAGAGCUGGCGACACCCCCUGAGGAAGCCCACCGCCCGGGCCGCACCCAGCGCCGUCAAGCAGCAGACCACAAGCGACGAGGAACUGACAGACGAGGAGGCGGAGCCCUGGGCCAGGCCACUGGUCCACCUCUGGCACAACAGGAAGGCCAGUUUUCCCGCGGAGCGGGACUACAACGCCAACGCUGCCAAGACAGAGCCCUACUGCGCCAUAUGCACGCUCUUCAUGCCUUAUUAUCAGCCGGAGGAGAGCAGGCCUGCAGAGGAAGCCCCCAGCCAGCUGAACACCAGGCCCUUGAUUCCCGAGAUCUGCUUCGCGUACCGGGAGGAGCCGUGUCCCCCCAAUGCCCUGCUGGCGGAGGAUGGAUCCAGCCCCCUGAUCUCCUGCAGGAGGUGCUGUGUCCAGGUGCACGCCAGCUGUUACGGUGUCCUCGAUCAAGACGUGCAGGGCGGCUGGUCAUGUGAUCGCUGCGCCAGCGGGGACCUGACGGCCGAGUGCUGCCUGUGUAACUUGAGGGGCGGAGCUCUGAAGCGGACCACAGACGACAAAUGGGCCCACAUCAUGUGCGCCAUCGCCGUGCCCGAGGUGAAGUUCGUCAACGAGACGGAGCGGAGCCCCAUCGACACCAGUAGGAUCCCAAUGCAGAGAUACAAACUGAAGUGUGUCUACUGCCGCAAGCGGGUCAAGAAGGUGUCGGGCGCCUGCAUCCAGUGUUCGUGCGGCCGCUGCCCGACCUCCUUCCAUGUGACGUGUGCGCAUGCCGCCGGUGUCACCAUGGAGCCCGACGACUGGCCGUACGUGGUGUUCAUCACCUGUCACCGGCACCAAGUUCGCAGCUCCUUGGCUAGGAGCAAAGCAUGUAAGAAGGACAUCGUGUUGGGGCAGACGGUUAUCAGCAAGCACAAAAACUUGAGGUACUACACAUCCAGGGUCACAGAGGUCACCUCACAGACGUUCUACGAAGUCAUGUUUGAUGACGGCUCCUUCAGCAAUGACACCUUCCCUGAGGACAUUGUGAGCCGGGACUGCGUCCAGCUCGGUCCUCCAGAGGUGGGAGAGACGGUGCAGGUCAAAUGGCCAGACGGACUCUUCUAUGGAGCCAAGUACCUGGGGUCCAACACAUCCUACAUGUACCAGGUGGAAUUCGAAGAUGGAUCCCAAGUCCUCGCCAAACGCGAAGAUGUGUACACCCUCGACGAAGAUCUGCCGAAGAAGGUGAAAGGGCGCCUCUCCACGGCCUCCAGCAUGCGGUUCCAGGACGCCUUCCACACGCCCAUGAUCCAGGGCGAGCACAGGAAGAGGCAGAGGACGCCCAACUCCCGCUUCCAGAACGACUACGUGGCCGACCUGAGCGGGCGCUGCGGCUCCAAGGUUGCCUGCGAGCAGCGGAGCGGCAAAGGGAAGUGAAGAUAUCACCACCAACGGCGGGAAUGCCCCAGUAGACGGUGAAGCUCUGGGUGGACGAAGGAGGGAGCGAAAGGGUCCUUAAAAAAUAACACUGAUCCCGUAAAACAACGUCUUGGCCAGCCACCCAGAGCUUUCACAACUGUCAGGGAAGAGAAUAUAAAUCUAUAUUUGUUGCAUAAUCCUUUUUUUCUUAAAGAGACGAUAGGCAUAAGAAGAAUGUUUGGUAUGUAUAUUUAAAGAGUCAGAGAGUUUUGUAAAAUGCCUAGCGCCCGAUUUCCUCCUAACACUCAUUUUUUUUUUGGAUGUUAAUUCACUACAUUAAAAAGCGUGUAGCUUUAAUUUUUUAUCGAGCGAUGAUGUUGGACUCGUCCCCGAUAUUUUUUUUAUUUUCUUUCCCCCUUCAUGCUCUGCAUUACCACUACUGUUUAUUUCCUCUUUUGAGGAAUCGAUUAAUAUGUGAAACUGCAAAUUACCGAAAUUCUGCUAUUGAAUAAAUCGCAUCAUAUUUGUUUGUUAAAUUAAUUCAGUUUUUUUGUAAUAAUUUAUUUGGGCUUUUUAAACACACGAUGACUAACAGGCUUAAAUAUUAAAUCUUGUUUUGCCUUUAA